AAAAAGAAAAGAAGCGACAUCGAAACAAGUCAGAACACGUCAUUUGUUCCAACAGACUAGAAGUAUUUUCUCCUUUCCAGCAUGUACUUACUGUUGGUUAUCGCAUCAUGUUUGGUGCUGACAGCAACAAAUGGCUACAGCUUCCAAAGACCAAUUAGACCUUCAAUCGUGCCCAUUCAGACUGCUUCCCAUCCCAAACCCGGAGGAUAUGCAGCCCAACAACAACCCUGGACUUCUGGUAGCGUCGGUGUGCAUUCCGCAGCUGCAGGAACCCGAAAUCAUCCAACAUUCAAACAACCCGUUGGACCCGCAUCAGGUGUCAGACCAUAUUUAGCCACUCCAUCUCAAAUUGCAGCACCUUCCAGUGUGUCCAAAGCGCAAAAGCCCGUACCCGUAAGACCCUACCCUUACCAACAUGGCCAGCAACAACAACAACAGGGUCCCAAAGGAGUCGCUUCUUUCCAAUCCAACAGGCCUUAUCCGUCUCAAGCUAAUACCGUGGUUAAAACAGCGCUACCAAAACAGCCCGAUAGCGGGAAAAGCGCUACUUCACAGGCUUAUUCAGUCGCUUCUUCACAGGCCCAUCCAGUUGCUACUGCACAGGCCUAUCCAGUCGGGCCGGCAGUUGGCUCCAACCAUGUCCAGCAAGUAAAAGGUGCACCAACGGGACCCGUUCGAGCCGAGGCGUCUUACCAAGUAACAACAAAAAAUCCAUUGCCACAGCGCUGGAUUCCUUCUUACGGCGGUCCUCAAAAUCCUUCAUCACAACAAUCUAGCUCAUUACAAGCUACUGGCGGUUAUCUACAGCAGCCUUCCAAGAAGCCAACAGGACACGUAUCCAAUACAAAAAAGAAUAAUAAGGAAAAAGAGAACGAGAGUUUCAAUCCGUACCGCGAGCCUCCAUUACAAACUGCUUUUUCAACAACUCGUAAACCCAUCAGUCAAGCAACAAAUGUAAAGCCCAACAGGAAAAACCCUGGCGAAGUACCAUCAAUCAUCCCUCAAACCAUUUCACAUUCUAAUGCGUUACCAGCAGCCAAUAAUUAUCAGAUUCAUAAGAAUCCAACCGUGUCAGAGGGCCCGUCAAAAGCUGGCGCAUUAGCACCAGCAUCACAAACUCACAAUUAUCAGAUCCCCAAAGCCAGCGUCCCUAAUACUUCAUCUCAAUCAGAAUCAAGUACCCCGUCAUCAGCAGCCCUUAAUGCCCAUCAAAAGCCCGAAACAUCUUUAGCACCCGGAGAAGGGGGAAAAUACCCGGCCCAUUCCGAUGCUGCUGCUGCUGCAACUAAUACUUAUCAAAUUCCGAAACCUUAUUCCACGCCGUCUGCGGUAAGUGCACCUCAAACUCAGCCGCCGCAAUCGACUAGUACCACGGAGCACUACCAGUUCUCCCAUCAGGUGAAAGUCUCCACCGAGUCUAUUGUUCCCCAACAAUACGAAUCGGAAAAAGUGAAAGAAAGUUUUUCCGAUGAGAGUAAGGAAGCUCACUACAAGAUUCCUCCGACUGAGACAAAAUCGACUGCUGACGUAGCAGGAGACGCUGACUACCAAGCCCCGCAACAAUCUGCCUAUACUGUAGAAGAAUCUGCCAAAUUGCAUUCGGCGGAGCAGACUCCGCAAAAUGAAGCGACAAAUGGAGAAACUUUAGAGAGCGUUAGUGGGUAUCAAUAUGCUCAAAAUGCUGCUACAACAACAACAACAAAUCAACCCAGUUACCAGACUCUGCAACCUGUUGAAGUGCCUUCAACUAACCCACUGACUGUCCCUACAACUACUCCGUUUUCGUUGCCUUCCUUCGACGGUUCCGCAAUCCCCAAAUACGUCUUGGGUACAUAUUCGCCUUUAGUUUUGCCUGAAGAUCCUCUACAGUUGGCUCAUUCAGCUUACGGUGUAGAGCAAUUGGGUGUUGAGGAACACCAGGAUGCGCCAGCACAACCAGCAGCAAUUCCACCGCAAUCAACGGGAAGCUAUGGAGCUCCAGCGGUUUCAUUGGACACCAUAAAAAAUCUUCCAUUAUCACAGCAGUGGGGCUACUAUUCAGCAGAACCUUUCCAACCCGCGUCUGUUGAGAUAAGCCAAUCUGAUAUACCGAGUGGCGCUCCGGGAGGCGGCUACCAGUCACCGCAAACAUCGGCGACAGCAGAAAUUAAUAAUCCGGCACCUGCUUACGGGUUUCAACAAUCUGCCACUGCUCAGCAAAAUAAUGGAUACCCAUCCAACCAACAAUCCAGCGCCGGAUCUGAAAAUUCUUACGCGACCUUCAAACAAACCGCGAAUGCCGCAAUUGAAAAUGCAUUCAGUAAUCAAAGAACUUCAUCAUCCGAUGAAAAUGUUGGAGGACGUAGUCACCAAUCUUUUGAUGAUAACGUCAAUAAACCACCAGUGGCCACUCUAGUUUCGGAAAACGUCCUCAAUGAAGACGGAAGUUUUUCCUACAAUUACGAAACCGAAGACGGUAUUAAAGUGGAAGUAAGCGGAAAUCAAAAACAAAUUGGAGCAGAUCCUGAAAACAGCGGUACGGUUUCGAAAGGAUCGUAUUCGUACACCGCUCCAGAUGGAGCAAAAAUUUCAGUCAAUUGGGUGGCUGACGAGAAUGGAUUCCAGCCAACUGGAAAACAUCUCCCCACACCGCCUACUGUUCCGGAUCAUUCGGUUGCUCAGAGCUCGGUUGGUGGCAAAACAGCUGGAAACUCGGUUCCAGCUGAAUGGGGUCAAUCAGCUCACGCAUACUAAGACGGUUAUAGUGUCAAGUGCCGGUUUGCAGUAUAGACAAAAACAAAAACAUAAUGCAAUGCUAUUUCCAAAGGUAUAAUCAUUCAUUCCAUUAGAUUAGCGUGUUUUUAGCUCAUAUGAAACUAAUGUUUAUGUCUUUUCAAGUGUAACAUUUCAUCUUACCGGAUUUUAUGUUUUGUUAAAUGGUUCUGAAUUCUAUUACUGGGUUAAAAACCUCUCAACUGUGACAAUACAAAAAGUUAAUGCAAAUG